AUGGCGUUUGCCAGCAGUUCGCUCAUCUAUCUUGACAUAAGUGUGAACAAAUACAUCUUUUACUCGAACUCUUACGACUUUUUCUCCAAGUCACCCAAUUUGCAGGUUCUUUAUCUGCACAAUAACCAGCUGAAUAAUUUGAAUUCUACAGCAUUAGAGACAAUGUUCCGGAAUCUCACACAACUACGAAAACUGUAUAUACAAAAUACUGGCUUGUCAUUCUUGCCUCCCAACGUAUUUGUUAACAACGGAAUGAUGAGCGAGCUUCAGUUGCAAUCCAACUUCCUGUCAACGUGGGAUCCAAUCGUAUUCCAACCGCUGUUGUCAUUAAGGAAACUGUUCAUGGAUCACAAUAACAUUCGUAUUCUAAAUGAAACGUCGUUUCCGCAGUUUAUUUGGGACAAUCUAACGGACCUUAAUUUGGCAGGUAACCCAUUUUCCUGCACAUGUGAAAAUUUAUGGUUCCGGAAUUGGAUACAAUCCACCAACGUAAAACUUUUACAGCUUCAUGCCUACCUUUGUUACGAACCAAAAAAACUGUCAAAAUCUCCGUUUCUAGAUUGGCACCCUACCAAGGCCCAAUGCACGCCGCUGCCAGCAUGGGUCAUAGCCAGCGCCAUCGGAGUCCCUACACUGUUAUUUCUGGCACUCGUGAUAGUGGUGUCCCACCGUUAUCGAUGGUACAUACGCUACUGGUGCUUUACACUGCGUUCCCGGUACAAACGCCUCGAACCGUUUGAAGAUAACGGUACUUACGUGUUCGACGCAUUUGUAUCUUACAACUGCCAUGAUCGUCCCUGGGUUAUACAAAGACUGCUUCCGAAAUUGGAAUAUGACGCUGGCUUCAAGCUUUGUCUUCACGACAGAGAUUUCAUCGUAGGCCAUGACAUCGUGGACAACAUUGUAGACGGUAUAGACGUCAGCAGAAAGACGAUCCUCGUGUUGUCCAACAACUUUGCUCAAAGCCAAUGGUGCCAAUUGGAAUUGACGAUGGCUCAGCACAAGCUAUUUGAUGAGAACAAGGAUAUCCUGGUCUUGAUAUUGCUCGAGGACAUCAAACCUGAGAACCUCAGCAAUAGGCUGACCCUGCUGCUACGAAAGCAGACCUAUAUAGAGUGGCCUAGCGAGGAAGAAGGCCAAGACCUCUUCUGGGAAAGAGUGAAGGCGGCUCUCCAAAAACCUUCUGGUUAUGGAACCUUAUAA